AUGCCUGGAGUCACGGUCAAGUUUAGUGUAAAUAAAGCGAUCGCCCCGGUAAAAAACGCGUACUAUAAUGUACCAGCUGCAUACAGGGAAGCAGCUCGACAAAGGCUACAUGAGAUGGAAUCGCGUGGAAUAAUCGAGAGAGUUACCUCGGCGCCCAGCUGGAUCAGCGGAAUGUCUGCUGUUCCGAAAGGAAAAAACGAUUUCAGGCUCGUGGUGAACAUGAGGGCUCCAAACAGAGCUAUUAAUCGAGAGUAUUUUCGUCUUCCGCUUGUCGAGGAAAUGAAGGUUAAACUCUAUGGAGCCAAGUUUUUCUCGAAACUUGAUCUCAGUAACGCGUUUCACCACCUUGAACUUUCAAAGGAAUCUAGGGACUUAACAACAUUUUUAACGGAAGAUGGGAUGUACAGGUUUACCCGCCUGAUGUUCGGAGUGAACUGUGCUCCUGAGGCAUUUCAACGCGAGAUGAUGCGUAUAUUGAAGGACGUAGGCAAUAUCAUCGUCUACAUAGACGACAUUCUAAUAUUCGCACAGACACUGGAAGAGCUUCAUAAAUCUGUGGCAAAGGUGCUUAAAAUCCUGAAAGAAACUCUCAACACCGGGAAAUGUGAGUUCGACAAAACUAGAAUUAAGUUCCUAGGUCACGAGCUAGACGCUGAAGGUUUCCAUAUAGAGGACGAAAAGAUCAGCAGCAUCUGUAACUUUCGAGAACCAUCCACUCUUUCGGAGCUGAGAAGCUUUCUGGGACUGGCUUCGUUUGUCAGUCCAUACUUACAGAACUUUGCAAACAAUUCGAGCGCUCUGUGGGCCGCUACAACAUCAAAAACAUGGUCUUGGGGACAGAAAAAAAAGAAAGCAUUCAAUCUGAUUCGACAGCAAAUCGUAGAAUGCACAAUUGCCCUAGGUUAUUUUUCUGAGAAAGACAGAACGAUUCUUUAUACCGAUGCAUCACCGGUAGCCUUGGGAGCCGUAUUAAUACAAGAAAGUAACAAACACUCUCCACGAAUAAUCAGCUUCGCUUCAAAAACCUUGACUACGACUGAGCGGAAAUAUCCCCAGGAUCAGCGCGAAGCACUAAGUGCAGUAUGGGCCGUAGAACAUUUUUCAUUUUUUCUGCUCGGUAGGAAUUUCACUCUACGUACAGACGCGCAAGGCGUGGCGUUCAUUUUAAAUCGGUCUAGAGAAGAUUCGAAACGGGCACUAACCCGAGCCGACGGAUGGGCGCUUCGUUUGAGCCCGUAUAAUUACGAUGUAGAAUAUGUUCGUGGGAGAGACAAUAUUGCAGACUCCUCCUCAAGGCUGUACUGUGGCGAAGAUGCUCCAUUUGAUGAGGAUGCAAGCCCGUGGGAGAUCGCGCACCUACAGGCGAACAGAGUAGAAUUCCUCACAGAACAGGACAUCAGAGAGGCCACCGCAACUGACGAAAUGCUUCAAAACGUGUCGAAUGCUUUAUCUUCAGGAAACUGGUCUAAAGAUGUGAGAAGGUAUCAGGCGGUAGAGAAGAACUUGACAGUAGAAGAUGGCAUUUUAAUCAAGACAGGAUGUGCUGUGAUACCUAAAUCACUCCGAACAAAGGCUUUGGAAGUUGCUCAUAUAGGUCACCCUUCAACAGCCAAAAUGGAGAGCAUCGUAAGGCAGCGUAUAUGGUGGCCCGGAAUCUCGCAAGACGUAGAAAAAUGGGUUGAAGGAUGUAGAACGUGUGCCAUCAACGGAAAACCAGAAAAACGAACCCCGAUGGAACGAAUUUUUAUACCUAAAACUGUUUGGGAAACAAUAGCCAUGGACUUUAAUGGUCCUUACGUCAAGUUCGGUGGUAUUUUAAUCCUAGUAAUUGUGGAUUAUCGGUCUAGGUACGUUUUUGCCAGACCUGUGAAGUCUACCAGUUUCGAGUAUACCAGGAAGGUACUUGAGGAGAUUUUCGAGAAAGAAGGUUAUCCUAAGUGCAUAAAAACCGAUAAUGGACCACCAUUCAGUGGGGACGAUUAUAAAACUUUCUGCGCCCAGCGAGGAAUCAACACGAUCUACUCUACUCCUUUAUUCCCGCAACAAAACGGGUUGGUAGAAUCGUGUAUGAAAAUUAUCAAUAAAGCAAUGAUAGCAGCAUCAAUCGAAAAUACGAACUACAUAAAAGAAUUACAACGAGCAAUCAAUGCGUAUAACGCUGCGGUGCAUAGCGUAACUAAGGUGCCACCGGAGGAAAUCAUGCUUGGUCGAAGAGUAAAACGUAGUCUUCCUCUUCUACGGCACAGAAAAGCAUCGUUUGACGAAGAUAUUUUGGAGAAAUCUGACCGGGAAUCAAAGCUUUCGAGUAAACUUCGCGAAGACGCCAGACGUGGCGCACGAAAAUGCAAGGUAAAGCCCGAAGAUAUGGUCAUUAUUGAGCGACACACACGUGCAAAAGGCGAUUCUCGUUUCAAUCCAAUACAUUAUAAAGUGAUGGAUGAAAAAAACGGCAACUUAACUCUGAACGAUGAUGACGGACAUGUGUUAAAACGGCAUGUCUCCCAGACUAGGAAGAUAUCCGUUUGGCGCAGCAGCAGCAAAUCCGAAGACACCGGUCAACCUCGCCAGACUUUCACAGAACCGAUCAAGAUCACAGACAUGACAGAGACCGCAACGACAUCGCGAGCGCUCCGUAAGAGAAAGGCUCCUUCAUAUAUGAAUUAG